CAGACAGAUUGGUGCCUGACACACUUCCCGUCUUCCCCGUGAUAAUUGAUCGAAACUGACGAAGUAGUCCGCCGGCCGGCUCUGCAUCUCCUCCGAAUCCGAUCAGAACUGUCCUUCGCGAAACAAAUCCCCUAUUAUAUCCUUCUUGAUUUCGGAUCAAAUUGUACCUGCCGGGAUAGGGUUUGGAGAUCCUGUUUAGAUUAGAGAGGGGGCCUGCGGUAUCCUGGAUCGCAGAUGGACAGUGGCCGCUCUGAUACCCCGCGCGCUGCUAGCUGCUCGCGAGGAUCCGGUGAAGCCUCUCCUGCUGCUGCUGUGACGGGGACAACAAGCGCACCUACUUCUGGUGAGCAUUCUUGUGGCAAGAAAGAGCUAGUAUGGCUUCGUUUCUUCAAGUGGAACCGAGGAGAAAAUCCGUGUGAAUCUAAACAAGAGCGAGAGGAAAUCGACGGACUUGACUGGGACGAUGAUAAGCUCGCCAAGGAGAUCGAUGGUUGUCUCCGGCGGUUGAAGGACACCCCCUUUGUCUACUACGGAGGCGCAAUUGAUGACGAGUCGUUUCCUUUCCUCGACGAGCAGCAACUGCGAUUGUUGAACCGGCGCCUCGCGCUGUGUCGCAUCAGAGCUUAUGAGGAGAAAUACCAGGAUAUGGACGAUGAAGCACUGUCGGAGUUAUUCCCUCCUGACGAUCUCGAUGCCAAUGAGUACUAUUUGGAUCAUGAGCUCGGUUUUGAAUGGUACUUCGAUGAUGUGUACUGCCAAUACGCUCACUUUCAGGACUACCAGCGGCUCGUGCUUCGGAAUAAUGGUGAGCAUGAAAAAUGGGAAUAUUACCGCAGAACUUGUAGUACGCUUGAGGGUGACCAGGAAUAUGUCCGGUUCUGGGAAGAAUUGUCAAGUAAAACUGAGUUGAUUGAAUGGUACAUAACAAGGACGACCUGCGAGUUAAAAGCUGAGAGACUGUUCUAUUAUCAUACACUCAAGAUUGCAGCAGUACAUCCCAAUGUUUACAAGACUUUAAUUAAAUCAGGCUGCAAUGAAUUUAGGCGCAGCUUGCAGAUUGAUUUUAUUUGGUCUCUGCCCUAUGCUGAUUUCCUUUUUGAGAUGUGGAAGCUGCUCACUGUGGAAGAGCUGAGUUUCAAGGAUGCAUUGAGGCGUGUCUACAACGAUGAGAAGUACUCUUCCAUUUUUGCAAUCCAGGCCGAAUUUGAGCCUAAUCUACGUCCACUGGAAGAGCUGUAUAAACCCUUCUUGGAUCGCAUUCGUGAAAAGGUGGCUGAAGAAGCCCAGGGAUUGAUCAUGGACUACAUUACAGGACAUGGAAGGAAACCCAAGACAUAUUAUGAUUAUGCGAAAAAGAAGUUGGGCAUCGCUAAACAAAUCGGUUUGAUCCCCUCACCCGGUCACCCCCACAAAAGCUCCGCGUGACAAAGCAGUUCAUGGUCACACUGUGAAGCAUUCACAGGGGAUCGGAAGCAAAGAAGGAUAUGAAACUUGUUUGCCAUAUAUACGUGCUGCAAGAUUCAGUGUUUACUUCGUUACCUUAGAUAGCAUCCUAAUAUAUACACUAGAUAUUAAUGUCGAUGUUAGGAACUAGCUGUGCCUGCCCGCCGCGGCAUGCCGCGCCGUACCAGUUGAUUUUUGCCAGGUCCUGGUGUUCUGAUUAGUGGCUCUGAUUGUUUUGUCCAGUUGAACGGACAUCAUUGCCCACUUGUUCUA